AUGGAAGAAGAAAUGGGAGAAACAUCCUCCAGCAUGCAGACCCACCUUGAAGAGGAAACAUAUGGAAAGUCACAGCAAACCAGCGAACAGCAAGUCUUGGAGAGACAUCAGACACCAUCCUUCAGAGGACAUGCCCGCAUUGACGACACACGAAAAUGA